AUGGCAAAGCCAGAUGAAACUUCCUCAGAAAAUGAGGCCGGCGUGGAGGCCAUUGACUACGAAAAUCCACACAAUUGGUCUCAGUCAAGAAAAAUCUUAUCGGUCGUGAUCUUUUCCUUUUUGGCCAGUGUGUCUCCCUUGGCAUCCACGAUCACAGCGCCAGCGCUUCCAGAUAUCGGAAAAGAUCUUGCCAUUUCUUCUGGACCAGUGCUUCAAUUCACUCUAUCCAUCUAUGCCUUGGGCUAUGCUUUUGGGCCGCUCGUUCUGGCGCCCAUGUCAGAAGUUUAUGGUCGGGUAUGGGUUGCUCAGCUGAGCGGAAUCUGGUUUCUUGUUUUCAACUUGGCCUGUGCAUUUGUGCAUUCCGGAGGCGCACUUCUGGCCAUGCGCUUCCUAGCUGGACUAGGAAGCUCAACUACCCUCAGUGUAGGGUCCGGGGUUCUGGCGGAUUGCUAUAUGCCAAACAAGAUGGGAUCCGCCGUCGCGAUCUACAGCCUCAUGCCAGUCGUGAGUCCCAUCGCAGGCCCAAUCAUUGGUGGCUUUGUUUCACAAAAUACCACCUGGCGUUGGAUCUUCGUGGCCGUAUCCAUUUGGGAUGCACUCAUUCAGAUUGUGGCUUUCUUUUUCCUGCGUGAGACCUAUGCCCCAGUUAUUCGAGCCCGCAAGCUCCAUGGUACAUGGUUUGCGAAGCCGCCAAUCGAAGGCUCGCAGUUUCGCGAGAAUCUCAGGCGUGCAGGUCGUAGCAUGCGUUUACUCGCCACGAAGCCUCUGAUCCAGGUUCUUGCUCUCCAUCUGGGCUUCUUGAACGGAAUUUCAUACAUCAUGAGCUCAACAUUUCCACUAGUCUGGUCAGAAGUUUACCACUGGAGCACGGAAAUGGGCUCGCUCAACUAUAUUGCUCUAGGCAUCGGUGCUAUAAUCGGUGCCCAGGUAUGUACCCGUGUGAACGACCGCGUCUAUACCAUGCUUUCUGCACGCAACAACGGCGUCGGUUCACCGGACUACCGUCUCCCUACUAUGCUUGCAGGAACGCUCAUUGCGCCAUGUGGCCUUCUCUUGUAUGGAUGGUCGGCCGAGGAAAAGCUGCAUUGGAUCAUGCCAGAUAUCGGCGGUGCGAUCUACAAUGCUGGUUUCAUGACUGCCUAUAUCAACGUGCGAAUCUACGUGAUUGAGUUCUACGGUGCAUCAACUGCUGCAUCUGCUGUUGCCGCGGUAUCUUUCUUGCAGUACUUGUUUGGUGGACUAUUUCCUCUCUUUGGUACGGAUAUUCUUCAUUCCCUCGGAUUUGGUCGCACAAAUAGCGUGCUGGCUGGAGUUAGUUUAGGUCUGGGUCUCCUUGCUCUAGGAACGCUGUGGAAGUUCGGAUCAAGACUGCGUGAAAAGAGUACGGAAAAUGACAAACAACCAUUAACUUAG